GCUCGCCAAGGUCGCGGGGCUGCCAUAAUAUAAACUCGGCCUGAGCGGCACCAGAUCACAGUCUUCUUUUCUGGAUCAACAGAGACACUUCCCCGCAAACAUGAGGCUCCUUGUCGUAGUAGCGGCGGUGUUGGCCGUCGCGGCCGCCAGCCCCAUCGGCUUCGCGAGGAAAGGCGUGGGCCUAAUCGGUCGCAGCGGCAUCGUCACGGUCGACGGCCGCAUCAUCCCCUUCACCCGCGAGUUCAUGGACGACAUCGUGGAGAUCGGAGAGGCUGGCAUCGUGACUAAGUCCGGCAAGAACGUCCACCUCACCCUGGACCUGCAGCGAACGAAGCGCGACGUGACCAACGGCUUCACGAGGCCCGAGGUGGGCUCCAUUGGCUACGCCGGGGCGGUGCUCACCGACGGCACCAUCAUCCAGUUCUCGCCGGAGUUCAUCGAAGACAUCCUUUACUUCGGCGAGUCCGGCAUUGUGACCAAGUCCGGCAAGAACGUUCAGCUCACCGCUGACCUCAAGCGUGUCUAGGGCUGCCCAUGGACGACCGUGUGGGGCACUGCCGCCGGCCAGUCGGGGUCUCGCCCUGCUGGGGUUGCUGCAUAUCCCCUUCAGGGAUGUCUACAGGAGACAAGACGGUGGUUGCAAUCAGCAAGAUUAGCGGCGUUGUCAUCCCCGCUCUCCCUUAAGCAGGUCCUUUACAGCAGGAAACUCAUUCCAUGUGCAACGGCAAGUCCUUCAACCUGACAAUCCUUCUUUCCAUCUUUAUGGCUAUUUUGUAUGUACAAUAAACUGAAAAUCACGU